CUGCAGCAGGAGCAAAGGGAACGCCAGGAAAAACCAGCAGCUCAAGGCUGGCGCGCCCUUUCUUCCUGCAAGGGCGGCUCCAGCCUGGCGUGCGUUGACGUGCCGAGGGGCGGCGCUGCUGCUGUUGCCGCUGCAGCCACUACCAGCACCUCCUCCGCUUCCUCUCCUCAGUCCCAGUCAGGGAAUCCGCCGGCGCCGCCUGGCUGGGAGCGGCCGCCCAAGAGAAAGGAUGCUCCGGCGGACGCGGAGGCAGUGGCAAAGACGCGGGGGACGGGACAUCCCUAAGGGCAUUCGUUUUCGCAAGCCUGCCUAGCGCAAGAAACAGCCUCCCUCCAUGGCGAGUGUGGCGAUAAAGCCCUCCGCUAGGUUUGAGCGGUGUGGCCCGGCUUGUAAAGGGACGCCCGGCGGUGGCGGCGGCCGGGCCCAUUUACAGUCUCGCCUCCGUGCGCCCUAGGAGCGCUGCGGCGGUGGCGGCGCUAUGGCCGAGACGGAGCGUCCGGAGGAAGCGGCUCGGCUAUGGCGAGACCCCGCCCUGUGCUCCAGCAAGCUGGGCAGCAACCUCGGGCAGCUGGAGCUGGAGCUGGGCUCCCAGGAGGAGAGCGGCCCGGAGGCAGAGCCGGAGCCGAAAUCCUCGGUGGUACAGCAACAGCCGCCGCCGCCGCUCCCGCCUUCUCCGCUUGAGACGUUGAACCUGAGCGGGCGCGGCCUUGAGGAGCUGCCGGAGGGCUUGUGCGCCGCGGUGGGGAGCAGCCUGCGCGUCCUCUCGAUGCGCAGGAACCGCCUAACUCGGCUGCCCUCGGCCGCCGCCCUUCGGCACCUGGGCCGCUUGGCUGAGCUCGACCUCAGUCACAACCGCCUGCGCUGUCUGCGCGACGACGGCCAAGCGCUGGCGCUCCUCAGGCUUCGUAAACUCAACCUCAGCCACAAUCAACUCGGGGCCGGCGGCGACGGGUCGCUGCCCACCACCUUGGGCGAGCUGCGGCAGCUGGAGGAGCUGGACUUGAGCUUCAACCGCCUUAGCCGCCUGCCUGAGGAGGCCCUGGCCCGCCUUCAACAGCUCCGGACCCUCGACGUGGACCACAACCAGCUUCCCGCCUUCCCCCAGGUGCUGCUGGAGCUGGGCGCGCUGGAGGAACUGGACUGCUCUGGCAACCGGCACCUGCGCUCUCUGCCGGAGGGUGUCGCGUCUCUGCGGCGCCUGAAGAUCUUGUGGCUCAGCGGCACCGGCUUGGCUGCCCUGCCCGAAGGCUUGUGCCAGCUUGGUGCCCUGGAGAGUCUCAUGUUGGAUGGGAACCGGCUGACAGCCCUGCCUGCUGGCUUCGGCAGCCUGCAGCGCCUUAAGAUGCUGAACCUCUCAUCCAACCUCCUGGCUGACUUCCCUGCGGCUGUGCUGGUCGUACCUGGCUUGGAAGAGCUCUACCUGAGUCGCAACCACCUUACCCUGCUGCCUGCCGGACUUUGCCAGCUCCACCAGCUCCGCACGCUGUGGCUGGACAACAACCGCAUCCGCUACCUGCCCGACUCCAUAGUCCAGCUUCAUCAGCUGGAGGAGCUGGUGCUGCAGGGCAACCAGAUUGCCAUCCUGCCGGAGGGGUUUGGCCAGCUCAGCCGAAUCAGCCUCUGGAAGAUCAAAGACAACCCACUGAUUCAGCCACCUUAUGAGGUCUGUAUGAAGGGCAUCCCGUAUAUUGCUGCCUAUCAGCAAGAGCUGGCCCACUCCCAGCCCGCUCUCAAACCCCGUCUUAAGCUAGUCCUUAUGGGCCUCAAAAAUGCAGGCAAAACGCUCUUAAGGAAGUGCCUCAUGGAGGAAGAAGAGGAAGGACAGGGGCAGGGAGAGUCAACCUUAAUUGCAGCCAGCAAGGAUUCUGGGAAAGGCCGAGCCAAGGGGUGCUUCAUGCAGUCCUUGAGAGAAUUGCCCCACCCUCUUUCCCCCAAAGCACAGACAAACCAUCACCCCAUUGUUGAGCAGCCAGAGGCUUCCCCUCUGCCAGUUUCAUCCCUGAAAUGUUCCCAUUUAGGAUAUAUCUCUGCUGAGCAGUGGGAUACACUCUUUGACCCAUCCCCAAAAGCUGUUGGGCAGACCCAGGUAGGAUGCUUUGCUGCUGAGCGGCAGGAUGAUGCUUCACUGCCCCCAUCCCCCAAAAUAAAUGGGGAAACGCACCUAGGAUAUUAUCCUCCCCCACAGCCCAUUAUUUCCCCAGUGCCACAUGCAGCUGGGUUGCCAGGCAGCAGUAAAGGCAUAGAGGUGAUGGACUGGACUGCCGAUGUGGAGAGGGGACUGACUUUCAUUGUGUACGAACUGGCCGGAGACCCAAGUUAUGAUGUGAUCCAACCCUUCUUCCUCUCACCGGGAGCCCUCUAUGUCCUGGUGGUGAACCUGAGUACGUAUGUGCCACAGUGUUUUUAUUCCUCUGUGGGACACUUCCUUCACUGGCUGGGGGCAAAGGUGCCACAUGCUGUGGUGUGCAUGGUAGGCACGCAUGCAGACCAGUGUGCUGAGUGGGAGGUGGAAGAGAAGUGCUUAGACAUCCACCACCAGAUUUCCCGGCAGGAGAAGUGUGACUAUGAGGGUCUCCAGAGUUUGGCCCAGCAGGUAGAUGAAGCCCUGGGGCAGGAUUUUGACCUGCGCUGCUCCAGCCCCCACGUUUCCUUCUACGGGGUGUCAGACAAGAAUCUACGGCGCAAGAAAGCUCAGUUCCAGUAUUUGCUCAACCAUCGGCCGCAAAUCCUUUCUCCAGUGUUGCCUGUCAGCUGCUGGGAUUGUUGCCAGGUACGCCGUUUGCGAGAGAAGCUCCUUUCAGUGGCUGAGCACAGAGACAUCUUUCCAAAUUUGCAUCGGGUGCUGCCGAAAUCUUGGCAGGUGCUGGAGGAGUUGCAUUUUCAACCCCAGGCUCAACAGCUGUGGCUCAGCUGGUGGGACUCUGCUCGGCUUGGCCUGCAGGCAGGGCUGACUGAGGACCGUCUCCAGAGUGCCCUUUCCUAUUUGCAUGAGAGCGGCAAGCUGCUGUACUUUGAGGAGCACCUGACUCUCCGAGAGUACGUUUUCCACAACUUACCCAGGCUCAUUGACAUUCUCAAUGUCUUCUGCCAGCGGGAUGCCACAGUAUUGCUCCAGAAACUGCUCAGCAAUACCCACGUAGACAAGCUGAAGGCCACCCAGCUCCACCACUACGUGGAAGGAUUUUUGCUCCACGGACUUCUCCCUGCCCAUGUUAUUCGUCUGUUUCUCAAGCCCCACAUCCAGAGCAGAGAGGACCUGCAGCUUAUCUUGGAGCUGUUAGAAAAGAUGGGACUCUGCUACUGUGUCAAUAAGCCCAGAUCCAAGCCCUUGAAUGGGGCUGCUGCUUGGUACAAGUUCCCCUGCUAUGUGAAGAAUGAGAUGCCCCACGCAGAGGCAUGGAUCAAUGGUUCCAACCUGGGUGGACAAUCCUUUGUAGCUGAACAGCUGCAGAUUGAGUACAGUUUCCCCUUCAUUUUUCCACCUGGGCUCUUUGCCCGCUACAGUGUCCAAAUUAACAGCCAUGUGGUUCAGCGUUCUGAUGGGAAAUAUCAAAUCUAUGCGUACAGGGGAAAGGUACCUGUAGUAGUAAGUUACAGGCCUGCCAAAGGUACCCAGCAACCAGAUACUCUGUCUAUUGCUAGUCAUGCAUCCCUACCAAAUAUAUGGACGGCCUGGCAAGCUAUCACCCCGCUGGUGGAAGAACUGAAUGUACUGCUUCAAGAAUGGCCAGGCUUGUACUAUACCGUGCAUGUCCUCUGUUCCAAGUGCCUUAAAAGAGGGUUGCCUCACCCGCAUACCUUUCCAGGAGAAUUGCUGAGUCAGCCUAGGCCAGAGGGAGUGACUGAAAUCAUCUGUCCAAAGAAUGGUAACGAGCGAGUGAAUGUGGCUCUGGUUUACCCCCCUACGCCGACAGUGAUCAGCCCUUGUUCCAAGUAACAUCUGGAAGACACCUGCCUUUACCCCUAUAUAAGGACACACCAAACACCCCUUAAUCAAACAAGCCCUUGCUAAGCAUUUUUGGAGAUGCACAGCCCAGAGACGUUUCUGAUUACUAGUGGGGCCUGGACAUCACAGUUUGGGAAAUAAAGAUUAAUGGGAGCAGGUGUGCUGAAAGGCUGGACGUUGGGCUGGACACAAAUCUGCAGCCUGCCUGAAUUGAUCCUUACCAUCAGUUGGGGUUGGAGCUGUGUGUUUUUAAGAAGUCUCUGCAAUCACUUAUUGGAGCAAGAAGUGCAGCAAAGCGUCCUCAUCCUGCGCUACUCUUGAACUUGUAUACAGUAUAGUUUGAAAACUCUGGAGGGUUUUAAUUGCUUCAUAAGUACAUUAACAAGAGCGUUAUUGACUGAUGGUGAUACACUGGGAUUGAGAACUCUGUGGAUUUGUAUUGUGCACUUGUUUGGCCAUUGGUGAAUGUAAGAUUGUUCUUAGUGUGGUCACUGUUCAGAUGUACCUGAUCUGAAAAGGAACUGUUGGUAACUCUGUUUUCCCCAUAGGAAGAAAUUAAUCAUUCUGUAGCUGUAAUGUGCAGUGAAAAAGGACGUAAAAUCAAAACUGGAAAAUACCUCUUCUGAAGGAUGCUUUCCCAGGGACCAAAUAUGUAACUUAACCCCAAAACUGAAAUGGUUUUUUAAAAUAAUAUAUUAAGUUGCAGAUGAAUGGUGGACUAAAGGAUUCAUCUCUCAGCCCUCAGCCUCAGGAUCUUUCUCUAGCGAAGAGCUGCUUGCCAACAGAGUAGGUUGAAAAACUUCUCAGGGAUUAUGUUCAGUGUGCAGUUUAAAAGCCACAACUGUAGUUAAUGACAGCAGUGUCGGGCACUUCAUUUCCAAAUCUGUCAAAUGUGAAAGAGGAUCACUGCUGCGGUUCACUGCUGUUUGGUAACUUGUGUGAGUGGUUUUUUUUCAUUGUUAAUCUUUAUUUUUGUAAGUCUUUAAUUAUAUAAGCAGUUUAGAAUUAAUUUGACACUGGGUACAAAGGUCAGCAUGGAGAUUGUGCUAGAUCAGCUGCUGGGUUCUGGUGUCAAAAUAAUGCAUGUGUGUAUCUUCAUUGUUUAAACAUCUGCCUCACGCAAAUACAUACCAUAAUUUAUGUAUAUAUAUAUACACACACACAUACACUCUUCAGUUUCACUGCAUUUUCAUGGUAAAAACCAGCUAAACAAGCACUAGCGCAGAUUCUUCUGGGAAGGCCUUUGCCCUCCAUGCAGCAGAUGAACUGGUACUUGAAAGAAACAACCGUUGAUUUGAGGUUGCUCCAUCUUGUGAGUAUAACAGGACAAUGUGGUAAAGAGGAAAGACCUCUUGAGUUAAAAGUAAUUUUUGGCGUAUCCAUACAGUGGAUGGCAGUGAAGUAAGCCAUGAAUUAUUCAUCCCUAAGCCAUGCUAAAAAAAAUUGACAAGGGGCAGCAUGAAAACAGACACCCCUCAGUACUCCAGCCACAGAGGAGUUAAGCAUAGUAAGACCUGGGAGGCUAGAGAGGCAAUUCAGCUAUUGGUGAUAACAUGCCACAAGGAUUAGGCUUUCUUGUUGGACCCUGUUUAGCUUCAGUGUAUUAAAAUUCAGCACUUGAAUACUAGCAGGUAAAUGCAACUCCUGUUGCAACAGAGUUUACCGUCUUGGUUCCAAAUUUUUUUUUCUUGACUAUAGAUCACAUUUUUAAUAAUUUUUUUAAAUAAUAAUUUCCAUCAUGCUUGGGAUAGUAAUUGGUACAGUGUUCUGCAGAACAUGAUGUUUCUUUUGAAAAUAAUAAAUUAGUCAGGGUCCAAUUUAAACAUCUGAGUAGUGUAGUUUGCUAGAUUGGGCAAAUAUAAUUGUGACUCCCACCUGCAGCACAAUCUACCUUAAGUGGAUGGAAGCUUUCAAUGUUACUGGAAUGGUUUGGGAACAAUUAUAGGGCAGAGACAACCAUACUGCUCAGGCCUCAAUGUUUUUCUCUUGUUGGGAAAAAGCAGCCAGCAAUCUGUAACAUCCACUGUUAUGAGUAACAUCACAUUAAAAAAAAAAUAGGUGAAUUUUAACUUGUGAUGUUGAGACAGAUUUCCACAGGAAAGUCUAAACACCCAUUGGAUUUUAUGUUUAGCUUAAUAUACCUCAUUUAGAAAGAGGUUGAAAAGCUGAGAAAUUAAUCAACAAAUGUGUCGUAACGAAUGAACUUUUAAAUCCCAGUGGCUAAUUUUUAUAGGUGUAUGUUAAAAGAUGUUUCCCCACCUCUUUCUAAGUCACUCCAGCUGAUAACUCUGUAUACAAGAAGUUUAGCUGUGAGAUUAACUGCAGUUCCCUGUUUGUUGGGUCUAAUGGGCAAUUUCAGGUCUAGUGUAAAUUUAAAUAUAUUCCCAGAUAUUAAUUAGCUUCUUAGCAUAUGUUCCUGAUGGCUGAGAAGAAAUUCACAAGAAGAUUUCAGCGUGACAUCACUUAGUAAAAUAAUUUGGGCUUCAGAAGCAUAUUGUUUAUGUUUUCCUUAAGUAGGUUUGCAUAAAAUUUGGCCAUUUUGUGGGGCAGUGCCAAAAUAGCAGUUCUUAACCAGUAGUGGUUACAGGUUUCAGCACCACUGAAUUGCUAAUUGAGGUAAGUUGUCAACUGUACUUCGAUUCUGGAUGCGUCUUUCCAGGUAGCUCUGGUUUAUGUAAGGAGGAACAUAGCUUACCUUGAGUUUUCCCUCUCAAGGCCAAAAUAAAACGUUUUUGGCACCAGGUAAAGUGUAGAUCUUUACCAGCAAUUGGAGUUUGACUCUCUCCUGCUGUCAGCCUGAAUACUGAUGGAGUUUGGUCCUCAUCUCUUUUUCAGAAUUCUCUGAAAUUCGGAAUACUUCAGAAUAUGCAGGGGCUGACAGUAAACAGUUGUUGCAGACAACAGUUGUCUGAGAACUUUUAAGAGCAAAUACAAUUGAAAAUCCAUUUUUUGCUAUUCCGAACAUUUCAGUACUGAUAUUGUAGCCAGAGAGCCUUUGGCUGUCAGAGUGUCUCGAAGGGAUCCUGUUGUGGUAGUAUCAGUGGAAGACCUCUGCUGGUUUUUCUGGGAAGAGGGUAAGGUUUUGCUCUGUGAAGCGCAAGAAUCAGUCAAGCCAUUCCUCUAAAAACUGCUGGAGAAUUGCCUGUGGAAUCAGUCGCUUUUUCUAUUCAUAGCAUCCGUGAUGGGAAAAGCUGUUUCCUGCAUAUACAUCACAGUGCUGCCAAAGAAAAUGUACGCUGUUUUUAAUUCCUCAAAAGGUUCACUUCUCUUUGAUCCGCCUUUUUGAUUCACUCCUGGAAAGCCAAGAAAAGGGGUGUUUGGUAUAACAUGAGAAUGUUUGUUCAGUAAGUGGCAUGGGGACUAUACUUACGGCUAUCUGUUAAUUCUCCAUCUUACAGCACAGACUUCUUUUUUACAAAAGAAAAAAAAAUAUUCUCAUCAAUACAAAAACCUGAGAAUAAAAGUAAUCUUAAACCUGAGUCCU